CCGCCUCCCGAGCCCAAACAAACGACGCAAAGCCAGCGCAGCACUGUGCUCCGUGCUUUGACCAUAACCACCACCGAACGCGGCCAUGCUCGCCCGCCGCUGCGGCCACUACUGAUGCAGGUGAGUUUUCCCCUCCCCCGCCGCCGCCGUUAUGGAUCCGGCAUCCGAGGAGCUCGAGCGCCGCAGCCACUACCUCAGCUCGCUCAUCCGCCGCACCAAGCUCAAUGCCCCGCCCGCCCCGCCACCUCCUACUUCUCACCCGGAGCCGGAGACGAAGCUGGAGCUGGAGCGGGAGCGCUCGCCCAUCCGCCGCACCAAGCUCAAGCUCAACGCCGCUCCCGCCCUCCCUCCUUCUACCACUCACCCGGAGACCGGGAAACUGGAGCGGGAGCCGGGCCCUAAGAGCCAGAACCUCGUGGAGGCCAAGGUGGUGGUGGAGGACAGGGAAGUGAAAGAGGGCGACGGAAAGGGGAAGGAGGAGAGGAAGGUCUCGGUGCGGGUCCGGGCGGCCGACAUGCCGGUGGUGCUGCAGCGGCGCGCGAUCCGGCUCGCCUACGAUGCUGUCUCUGCAACACCGCGGGCCGACGGCAAGCGUCUAGCCCUCGCGCUCAAGAAGGAAUUUGACACGUCAUACGGCCCUGCUUGGCACUGUAUUGUUGGGACAAGCUUUGGCUCCUAUGUUACUCACACAUUGGGAGGUUUCUUAUACUUCUCUGUUGACAAGUCAUAAUGGUACUGAUGCGGACGGUGAGACUGAGGAAGAAUCCUAAGACAAGCCGACGGACAUCCCCCAACAGUCGUAACGGCCGACGCAUCGCAGAAGUUGUGGCUGGAGUGAAAGCCGAUGAGGUUGCUCAAGCAAGGCGAUAGGCCGAUGUAGAGGUAGCCGAAAGCGUAGGAUGGUGUAGUCGUGUGAGGGACACCGUGGUCGAUGUCGAGUUGGGGUGGCCAGUGUCGAGGUAGUCGCCGUGGACCGGGAACAAGAGCGUCGCCGUGGACCGCGAAGAAGAGCGGCGGCGACGGCGGCCUGAGGAGGAGGCCGGGACCGCGGCUAGAAGCGCGGUGGCAGUGCUCCUAGUAGGUGUAACACCCCAUAUGUAAAACUCCCCUUUUCGGGCAUUAUAUCCAACUUGAUCUUCAUCCAAUUCCAUUUGGGUUCCAUCU